AUAAACAGAGACAUAUUAUUGUGCAGCCAGAAAAAUUGUAUUUCUUAUUUCUAACACAAUACAUGUGAUAAAACAUUUUGGCAUGAUAACACUUUUUUAACACACACUAAAAGCAUAAUUGCACAACAUUUUUGGAAUCUAUUUUAUUGAUAAAUAAGCCUAUAAUGAAUAAUACACGAGCAUUUUAAUUAAACUUUUACGGACAACGUCAAAACCAACUGCCAUUAACAAACAAUAAUUCAUACUAUAUUGUGUAUAAAAAUCUGCAAUGAAGAACAAUCUGACAAUUUGGGCUUCAAAAUACAGCAGUUAACAUUUUAAGUAAAACUUUACAUUUGGAAGUUGGAAUAAAUGCAAACCACAAAAUAAAUACAAAACCAAAAAUUAUUCAUCAACAACAUAAAAAAAUGAACAAUAUAAUAUACAAUACAAAUAGAAAAAUGAACUGUGUGUUGCAAAAUGCUAUUUUAAUUACAACAAUUAACUAAUUGUUGCAAACAAAAGAACUAUCUACUACUCCUGCUAAUAAUAACAACAACUUGGACUGCAAACAAUGAGAGCAGUAAUUUGUAUUUUGCAUUCUUCCAGCUCAGUCAGACAUGGCUGCUUGUGCCUCAGUGCCAAUGUGUGAAUGUCAACACCCUGUAAACACCUUUGACACACAUGCUUGAAUGUGACGGGGCUCUGCUGACUGAAGUGAUCCCCGCGGGCCGAGCUCUGCACAGGAGGAGGAGAGGGAAGCUGCGGGAAGCGCUCCGCAGAUGCGUGCGUGCACUGCGCACGCGCGCGCUCUCCCAACUUCGCGCACUCACACAAUGUCCCUCUCACUCGUGGGUUGUGACCGGCCCAUGGCAUUGGCCAGAUGGCUUUUGGCCUCUCCUUCCUGCCCGCUGUCAUCGCGGCGGUUCCAGCGACCCGACAGCCCGGCCCAGUCGAUGUACUUGGCCGUAUCUGCGUGCGACCUGUCUGCCAUAUGUAAUAUCAAAGCCUCUGUCAGCACCGAGCUCAAUGGGAACAAAAGAGAGGCCUUCAUUAAUGAUUAACUGUUCUAAAAGCCCCGGCUUUUGUAUUCCCAUGGUGCCGAGGCUAUCUGGCCGCCAUGUGACAUGCUCGCAGCGUUUUUCGAGCAGAUUGGGGAAAGCUAGUGAGCAAACACAGGUGCUUUGGAGCGGCGUUGGCGACGCUGUCAGGGACAACCACAAACAAGAGCAGCUAUGCCUGGCUAAAUGAAUCCACCCUCCGCCUCCCCCAGACACCCCCCGCCCCCCGUCUCCCUGUCACCGUCUAACUUGUUUGCCAGGCCACACAGCCUUCCUUAUGGAGAGUCCCUACACCCCCCACCACACAAGUCCAACGUCCACCGCAACUUCUCACACCCUCCAAAGAAACAAACAAAUAAAAGUGAGGACGGCCGACUGCUUCUUUGAGGUGAUGGCAUUUGCGGCGGUCUUGACUAGUGGAAGAGCAAACAAAUUAACGGUGUUCGAGUUUUCACUUUCCAAACCAAACUAAAUGUCUUUUAGUUCAAGUGGGGCAAUUCCACUGACCCCGGUGUCAACCGCUUGUGUAAGGACUCGCACGCUCAUGCACUUGAAAUGACCAGAACAAAAUUACGCGGGACUCGAGUACGACUGCACACAAAGCGGGUGAAUUAAUACACGGCAAAGUGACAAGUCACAAACGGAUCUUAAGGAACAAGUAUUGAUACUGACUUUAACUGAGAAUGUGCAGCAAUUAAUAUUUUCCUCCAGAGUGACUUGAUUGUUCACCCUGACUGAGCUCCUAUGUCGCUCUUUACUUUGAUAAGACAAUCUGAUGAUAGGAUGGCGUUAUCUUAACACGGCUUUCCGCCUGGGAGACAAAUGAACAAAGUGUGAUAACGGGAACAAAAGCUCACCUCUUAUUGGCCCAAGCGGCCUCCCGAUGGAAAAAUCACCAGCGUGAAAAAUUCACAUUUUCAUUUUUGUUCCUGGGCCUUUUAAAAUCACUCACACGUUUAUAAUGUCUCUCUUUGGUGUUUUAAUUUCAUGCGCUGCAAUUAACCGAGCCUAUAAAGCAUUUAUUGUCUGGAAAGAUGAUAAAAACGUACUUAAACAAACAUUUGGAAUAAACAGCUGAGGAAAUUAAGUUGUAAACACAAGGAAGAAUGAUGUGCAAUUAGAUCAUGAGACCUCAGUAAAACUAUAACGAGAGAAUAAAAUUGCUGUUAGUUUGUGAAACAAGAAAAGAUGCACAAAAAAGUAAUUCACUUCCAUCUUGACUUCUGCUGCUCACAAUUUUCAAUUCGCUCACAGUCAGAGGUGAGGGCAAAGUCUGGGUUUUGUUUGCUCUAUUCCCGUAAAAUAAAUGGAAGAACUCCUGCACUAAAAACUUGUAAAAAUGAAAACAAUGAUUUGCUA